UCGGCCCGAAGCUCGGCAGUCACGCAGCACUCUCCCGCCGGGCUUAAAAGCAGCAAAGCGGAGCAGAGCAGCCACCGCCAGCCCAGCCCGAAUCCGGACAGCGUCGCACCGCGCUGCUGAAAGAAGCCUCAGCGACAGACGCUGCACCUCUUCCCGUCUCAUCGCACAGCAGCCCCAGGAUGUCCCCCGCCAGCCUCGCCGUCGCCCUGCUGCUCGCCCUCCUCGGCCCGGAGGUGCGCGGCCAGGAGUGCAGCGGGCAGUGCCAGUGCGGCGCGGGGCCCGGCCCCAGCUGCCCCGCCGGCGUCUCCCUGGUGCUCGAUGGCUGCGGCUGCUGCCGCGUCUGCGCCAAGCAGCUGGGAGAGCUGUGCACCGAGCGCGACCCCUGCGACCACCACAAAGGGCUCUUCUGCGACUUCGGCUCCCCCGCCAACCGCCGCAUCGGCGUCUGCACCGCUCGGGAUGGAGCGCCCUGCGUCUUCUCCGGCAUGGUGUACCGGAGCGGCGAGUCCUUCCGGAGCAGCUGCAAGUACAAGUGCACCUGCCUGGACGGCGCGGUGGGCUGCGUGCCUCUCUGCAGCAUGGACGUCCGCCUGCCCAGCCCCGACUGCCCCUACCCGCGGCGAGUGAAGCUGCCCGGCAAGUGCUGCGAGGAGUGGGUCUGCGACGAGGCCAAGGAGCAGACGGCUGUGGGACCCGCGCUGGCCGCCUACAGACUGGAAGACACUUACGGCCCAGACCCCACUAUGAUGCGUGCCAACUGCCUGGUGCAGACUACUGAGUGGAGUGCUUGCUCCAAGACCUGUGGCAUGGGCAUUUCGACCAGGGUCACCAACGAUAAUGCUUUCUGCAGACUGGAGAAGCAGAGCAGACUGUGCAUGGUCAGACCUUGUGAAGCUGACCUGGAGGAGAACAUCAAGAAAGGCAAAAAGUGCAUUCGCACCCCAAAAAUCUCCAAGCCCAUCAAGUUUGAGCUGUCUGGCUGCACCAGCGUGAAGAUGUACAGAGCUAAGUUCUGUGGUGUCUGCACUGACGGGCGCUGCUGCACACCCCACAGAACAGCCACCCUCCCUGUGGAGUUCAAGUGCCCCGAUGGAGAGAUCAUGAAAAGGAAAAUGAUGUUCAUCAAGACCUGUGCUUGCCACUACAACUGCCCUGGAGACAAUGACAUCUUUGAGUCUCUGUACUACAGGAAGAUGUAUGGAGACAUGGCAUAAAGCCAGGAGGAGCCGCUAACUAGAUUCUCAACUUGAACUGAUUUGCAUCUCAUUUUGUAAACAUGAUUCAAUAGCACAAGGUAUUUAAAUCAGUUUUUUUUUUUUUU